AGAGCCGUCCUGUGCUGGGAAGGCGGCCGGAGCUUGAGCCGGAGCUCCGAGCUGGUGGUCCCUGAGCAGCCUCCCAGCAGGGAGAAGCCCUUCAGGUGCUUGGAAUGUGGGAAGAGCUUCAGGAAGAGCUACAACCUCCUCACUCACCAGCACAUCCACACUGGGGCACGACCCUACUCGUGUAGGGAAUGUGGGAAGGGCUUCAGUGACAAGUCCACCCUCCACACCCACCAGCUCAUCCACACUGGGGAACGGCCCUACAAGUGCUUGCAAUGUGGGAAGAGGUUUCAGACCAGCUGCAAUCUCCUCCUGCAUGAGCGGAUACACACAGAGGAGAGGCCCUUCCGCUGCACCGACUGCGGGAAGGGCUUCAAACACAACUUCACCCUCAUCACCCACCGGCGCAUCCACACUGGGGAGAGACCCUACAAGUGUGGGGAGUGUGGGAAGAGCUUCAGCGACAGGUCUACCUUGACCAAACACCAACGGACCCACCGCAGGGAGAAGCCCUUCAGGUGCUUGGAAUGUGGGAAGAGCUUCAGGAAGAGCACCCACCUCCUCAGCCACCAGCUCAUCCACACUGGGGAACGGCCCUACACAUGUAGGGAAUGUGGGAAGAGCUUCAGGAGCAACUCUAACCUGAUCCAACACCAGCACAUCCACUCUGGGGAACGGCCCUACACGUGUAGGGAAUGUGGGAAGAGCUUCAGGCAGAGCUCCCACCUCCUCAAUCACCAGCACAUCCACACUGGGGAACGGCCCUACACUUGUGGGCAAUGUGGGAAGAGCUUCAGCCAGAACUCCACCCUGAUCCGACACCAGCACAUCCACACUGGGGAACGACACUACAAGUGUGGGGAAUGUGGGAAGAGCUUCAGUGACAGGUCCACCCUCCGCAACCACCAGCUCAUCCACACUGGGGAACGGCCCUACAAGUGCUUGCAAUGUGGGAAGAGGUUUCAGACCAGCGGGAAUCUCCUCAGGCAUGAGCAGACACACACAGGGGAGAGGCCCUUCCGCUGCACCGACUGCGGGAAGGGCUUCAACCGGAACUCCCACCUCGUCACCCACCGGCGCAUCCACACCGGGGAGAGGCCCUACAAGUGUGGGGAGUGUGGGAAGAGCUUCACCCAGAGCUCCAACUUGACCCAACACCAACGAACCCACCAGUAAGAAAAGCCCCUCGAGUGCCCCGACUGCAGGAAGAGCUUCGGCCGCUUCUC